AUGGCUACGAGUGACGCUGCCGCAGCCUCUGCCCUGAGCGGCAGAGCCGACCGGCGCUCCCCUCCCGCUGCGUCCCAAUCGAAGCGUGACCGCAAGAGACAGGCUCUCAUGGACCGCCUCAGCACCAUGAGCGAUAAAUUCCAGCGCGAGCAGGAUCCGACGUACCGCGAUCAGCUACAGAAAAUCCAGUUUGAGCUCAACCUCGUGCAGCGCUUCGACCCGUACGAAGAGAACCCGCUCAUCGCGGCCGAGGAGCUGCGCAAAGAGCACAAACAGGUUCUCGGCCCCAUGGCCAACUCGGACAAUGGAAGGAGCAUGAUUGACAUGGCCGGUAUACGAUUUCCCGAGUUCAUGGACGAGCUCGAGGAUCUCGUGGAAAUUCGCGACUUUCAGCUGGCGCAGUCCAAGAAUGAGUACGACCGCAAAGUUCAAGAAUACAAAAAUACACAUGCCUACAAGGUCGAAACCGCAAGGCGCGAGCACCGCGCUCUCACAGGCACCCUGCGCGACCGACUCAUCAAUACUCUCAACCAGAAAAAGAACCGAUUGAACCGCGAAAAGGAAGUGCUCGAAAUCAACGACUCCAAUGCCCUUCUGCUCAACCCCAACCAGUUCAGCCUGACGAACCCCGGCUCGCCCGGCGGGACCCACGGCAAGCGAGCCACCCGCCUGCGUAAGGACGCAGACGACCUGACGCUGUUCCCCGACGGCAAGAAGCGCAAGCGAAAUCACGAGGAGGACGCCGCGGCGCCGGCCCGCCGCGGCCUCGACCCCAACAGCACCACGCCGCUGUGGCAGUCGGAAAAGGCCCGGGCCAUGGCCAAGCAAAACGGCCCUGUGUAUAGCAUCGACAAGCUCUUCACGGACAAGGAGCUCUCGAUGCACUACAACACGUCGGCCCUCGCCGCGCACCAGUAUGUCCUGCGCAACCGCGCCAACGGCAACGCCUCGCUGCCCGCCGACGACGACAGCGACUCGGGCGGCCACCUCAACGGCGACGGCGACGACACCGAGUCGACCCCCUCGGCCGCGCCCGCCAUGGAGCGCAACGUCUCCCACGCGACUAGGAGCACGCGUGGCGGCGGUGCCGCCGCCGCUGCCGCCGCCGCCGCGGCCUCGGCGGCGCAAAACUUCCUCGACGACCGCGUCCUCGGCAUCGAGGGCCUGGCCAACUUUGAGCUGCCCGGCAACCUGGACCUGAUGCACGCGCAGGAGCCGCCCAAGAUGCCGCCGCCGGUGCCGCAGCAGUACCUCAAGCCGUACCCGCGCACCGCGGACCAAAACUUCCCCGUGCCGCUGUCGCAGGACGACAUCGCCUCGGACCUGACCAUCAUGGGCUUCUUCAAGCAGUACGACCAGACGCACCACCGGCCCGGCGCGCACCUCGACUCGGGCACCGGCAUGCGCCGCGUGCUCGAGGCCGUCGCCACGCCGUACCACCGCGGCAAGUACGUCGCCUUCACGGCCGCGCCCCGCGACGACCCCGAGGCCGUCAGCGACAGCCUCGGCAUUCCGAGCAGUUUGCGCGACCAGCCCAGCCCCCUGGGGCCCUCGGGCGCGGCCUUUUCGUCGGCCGCGGCGACGGCGGUCCCCAUGAGCAGGCAGAGCAGCGGCGGCACGGUCACGAGCCGCCAGGCCACGGGCGGCAGUGGGCGAGGCAAGGGUCGGCGUGGCUAG